UACUCUCACGUUUCUUGGUGGGCGCGAGUCGUCCUGCGUCUGUCAAGCGAGUGCAGUGAUUCGAUAUACAAUACAGAAACUAAAAAUGAUGAACGGAGACAUUAACGGUUACUACAACUCACUUAUUGAGGAGGACUGCUUCUUGUUUACAUCGGAAUCCGUUGGGGAAGGACAUCCAGAUAAGAUAUGUGACCAGAUCAGUGAUGCUGUGCUGGAUGCUCAUCUGAAGCAAGACCCAGAUGCAAAAGUAGCUUGUGAAACUGUAGCCAAGACUGGAAUGAUUUUGCUGGCAGGAGAGGUGACGUCGCAUGCGGUGGUAGACUAUCAGAAGGUGGUCCGUGACACUAUUAAACACAUUGGAUAUGAUGACUCAUCAAAGGGCUUUGAUUACAAGACCUGUAAUGUUCUGGUGGCUCUGGAACAGCAGUCUCCAGACAUCGCCCAGGGUGUUCAUUUGGACCGCAAUGAAGAGGAUGUUGGUGCGGGUGACCAGGGUCUAAUGUUUGGCUAUGCCACUGAUGAAACAGAAGAAUGUAUGCCACUCACCAUUGUCCUCGCCCACAAACUCAAUGCCAAGAUGGCUGAACUGCGCCGUAAUGGCACCCUGCCCUGGCUCCGCCCAGACUCCAAGACCCAGGUUACUGUGCAGUACAGACAGGACCGUGGUGCCAUGCUGCCAGUCCGUGUCCAUACUAUUGUGGUAUCUGUACAGCACGAUGAAGACAUCUGUUUGGAUGAGAUGCGUGAUGCGCUUAAAGAUAAAGUAAUUAAAUCUGUGGUUCCCAGUAUGUAUCUAGAUGACGAUACCAUCUACCACUUACAGCCCAGUGGACGCUUUGUCAUUGGAGGCCCUCAGGGUGAUGCUGGCCUGACUGGUCGUAAGAUUAUUGUCGAUACCUAUGGAGGCUGGGGCGCCCAUGGUGGAGGAGCAUUUUCUGGAAAGGACUACACUAAAGUGGACCGAUCGGCUGCGUACGCUGCCCGCUGGGUGGCCAAAUCUCUUGUAAAGGCUAAACUCUGCAAGCGUGUUCUUGUGCAGGUUUCAUAUGCCAUUGGAGUGGCCCAUCCUCUUUCCAUUUCCAUCUUCCACUAUGGCACAUCCCAAAAGAGUGAGCAGGAACUGCUUAAGAUUGUCAAGAAGAAUUUUGAUCUUCGUCCAGGAGUCAUUGUGAGGGAGCUGGAGCUGAAGAAGCCCAUAUAUCAGAAGACUGCGUCUUACGGCCACUUUGGCCGUGACUCUUUCCCCUGGGAAUUGCCCAAAAAGCUGCACUACUAAACCAUAUCUCAAGCUUUUCCUCUCAAGGCCUGUAUACUACAAAGAUGCCCACAUGGCUUAAGGGGGAUAAGUAUUAUUCUUGUAAAUGAGUCCUGCUGGUUUAGGUGCCAAUCCUAUUUAAGUAGUCACCCUCACAUUAUUCAUUAUCCUGCCAAAUCUCAUCAUCCAUUUACACACUCUAUUUUCAAAUCUCAGCGUAGUCUUUGAUUUUUGUUUUUCAAAGGUAAUUAUGGUUCAUUAGCAUUAGGGCAAAGCAAAUGUAAUACUUGGAUUAAUAUAUUAUUUUCAAAUGUAGAAAUUGUGAACUGGUUGGCCAAUAUUAACUAAGGCAGCAGGUUUUACACCGUUAUGUCCAGCCCUUCAACACUGUAUUAUAGCAUUCCCUAUCACUUUUUGUACUUUUAAACAAUGUGCAUUAUUUAUUUGUGGUGUCAAAUAUGCAUAUGUGUCAAUCUGUAAUCUGUAGGUCAACUGUUGGGAAGAACAGUUACACUGCAUGUUGCUGUUUAACUGAUUGACAAGUUACUUUUCUUCUCUAGUAUACUGUGGUUCCAAAGUGUCGUACAGAAAAACUUUGGGGACAGCCACAAAGAAGUAACUGAUUGCUGCAGUGCCUGGGUAUGCAGUGCCAUCUGUUGUGGCCAGUAAUAUUGCAUUCAUAGAUGCUUCUUUUCUCUUUCCUCCCUUGAACAGAGAGAAUGCAAAUUUUGGCUGGUGUUGUACAGAGAAACUAGCCUUGUUUACACGCGCUCUCUCGUUCUUUCUACCUUACGUGAUUUUUCUUUUAAUUUAUGUUUAACAAUAAAAAGUUUUCCUA